UGCCCCCCUGACCAAAACGUCGCGUGAGAAAAGGAGCGAUACCCAUCACCACGAAUACAAAGUAGGAACACCAAUCUUCAUCAUGGCAUCCGAAACUGUUCCAUCCAACACUGUAGUUAGUGACUCGGAAGACAUCCUUACAAAGCCACUCGCGAUGGAGGACGAAGUAAAGGCAGAAGAGAAGGACGUCAAGGAACAAGAUGACGAAAGUAAAGCAGCAGUGGCGCUGACUAGUCUUGUCGAUACGAGCUUGCCAAUAGAGGCGAGCACCAGUGGAAAUGAUGAAGAAAGAAUGGACGACGAAGAAGAAGAGGAGGAGGAAUGCGACGAAAGAGACUUCGAAAUUCCUCAGAGGUUCACACGCAGCGGACGUCGCCGUGCUACUCCUUUCCCCCUCAAGUUGAUGAAGGUUUUGUCCACUAAGGAGUUUUCUGAGAUCAUCGGUUGGCUGCCUUCAGGAAAAUCGUUCUCCAUCAUCAAACCUAAGGUCUUCACUGUAGAAAUUCUUCCAACCUAUUUCAAAAGUGCCAAAUACUCUUCCUUUACUCGCAAGCUCCACCGUUGGGGGUUUAUGCGUCACUACAGGGGACCAGAAGCGGGGGCAUUUUACCACAAGGACUUUCAGAAGGGGCGUCUUGACCUUGUUGAACAGAUGACAUGCCACAAGAUAGAACCUCCUAAGUCUUCCGUUACGAAGGCAAAGCAAGUCAGGAAGUCUGUACCACGCGAUACGAUUGCCAAUGCCGUCGGUCGAUCACCCAGGUCAAUUGAUAUGCAUUCGCUGGCUCGUGGUCCUAGUAUGCAGUCGGCUUCGUUUCCUCCUCACCCGAUGGACGCUGAUUUGGCAAUCGAGCUCGAAGUUGCUCGACGUCUUCGUCAGCGCAUGGAUGCUGCGGCUUACAAUCAACAGGCCUUACUCGCCAUGCAGCAGCAACAGAAACUCCAAGCUCUACGAGUCCAGAAUCUUGGAAGUCAUUCUUUGAUGGGAUGGGAUGCGUCACCGGCGACCUCCUUGCCUGGCUAUGCUUCUUCCCUUUCAAGCUUGAAUAUGCGAGGGUACGGAGCUUCAUCACUGCCUCGGUCGGGCUUCGAUCAGGGCUAUUCCAUGGCCGUGAAUAAGGCUCAAUACGAUCACGCCUUCAACUACUCCGCUUACGGUGAUCUACGGUCGUACGAAUCCAAUAUCCAUGGGGCAAAGACGGCGUGAGAUUCAUUGAUGCACAGGCCUUUAUCUAUUGUUCGAUGUAAGAGACUUAGGUUUCCUUUUACUAUCU